UUUUCUUCCUCUUUACCUCUGCCUUGUUCCUGUACACCCCACACGGACCGAGACGGAUUUGAUUAAAGCACCGGAGUGCAAUGGCCCCCAGAGCAGGGCUGGUCCUGGGGCUGUGCACCCUGACCACCCUCCUGAGCCUGCAGGAGGCAGGGGCCGCCCAGGCUGACCACAUGGGCUCCUACGGACCCGCCUUCUACCAGUCUUACGGGGCCUCGGGCCAGUUCACCCAUGAGUUUGAUGGCGAACAGCUGUUCUCUGUGGACCUGAAGGAAAGAGAGGCCGUGUGGCGUCUGCCUGAGUUUGGCGACUUUGCCCGCUUUGACCCGCAGGGUGGGCUGGCCAGCAUCGCCUCGAUCAAAGCCCAUCUGGGAGUCCUGGUGGAGCGCUCCAACCGCACUAGGGCCAUCAACGUGCCUCCACGGGUGACUGUGCUCCCCAAGUCCCGGGUGGAGCUGGGCCAGCCCAACGUCCUCAUCUGCAUCGUGGACAACAUCUUCCCCCCUGUGAUCAAUAUCACCUGGCUGCGCAAUGGCCGAACUGUCACUGAGGGAGUGGCCCAGACCAGCUUCUAUUCCCAGCCCGACCAUUUGUUCCGCAAGUUCCACUACUUGCCCUUCGUGCCCUCGGCUGAGGACGUCUAUGACUGCCAGGUGGAGCACUGGGGCCUGGACACACCGCUCCUCAGGCACUGGGAGCCCCAGGUGCCUACUCCACCACCAGAUGCCAUGGAGACCCUGGUCUUUGCCCUUGGCCUGGCCAUUGGCCUGGUGGGCUUCCUGGUGGGCACCAUCCUCAUCAUCAUGGGCAUAUACGUGUCCAGUGCCCGCAGGUAAUGAUCCUUCUGAGAGCAGCGGCUUGUGGGAGACACGCUGCGGAUCCUCGUGGGUUUGUGACAGCCCCUGCGUGCUCAGCCUCCUUGAAGAGCAUCCCGCUGUGCUGACUUUGAGUGGGAUCAAACUUCGUCCUGUAGGUCCCCUCCUUUUUGGCCCCGGUAUUCAUGGCAGGCUUGUGGGAUACCCACGAGCUUCCCUUUCCCCUUCAGCACACACACACAUUCUUGGUCUACCUGAAGCUCUGGCUGGCAGCACUAAAUGCUUUGGUAGUGUUCACGCCGGGUCCUUUUUAGGUCUCAGCCAGCUUUCCCGGAGGUGAGGCGUGUGGUGCGGGGACUGGCAGCCGUCCUGGGGCCCACACGGCUCUGUCUUGCUCCAUUUGCCCCGUUGUGUGUUGCUUUGUGAAUGAGCCAUUUCACACGGACUUCAUGAAAUAUGCCUCCUGAGUUCAGGUUUGCCCUGAAAGGGAUAGAGCCUCCUGUUCCUCACAACUUCUCAGCUAAUGACAGGUCUGGAGGGCACUGGGACAGAAGAGGCUCAUGGGGACUCCACUCCUGCCCGGGUUUACUCUGUGUGAAGAGGCCAUUGGUAUCCUGCCAUGAUGUUAUUUCCUUUUUCUACAUUCCCUACAGUCCCAUGCAUGGCAAAGAGAGGUCCGAGGCUUGGAUGUGGUGGCCUCUUCCCUCAAUGGGGCAGUCAUGUUAGGUGGGGGGUGGUAGAGUCGGUCUGCAGAGUGGAGGUCCACCUGGGCCCUCUUUAAAUAUGUGGCCUAGAAGAUUUUAGUCUACUUUUCUGUGAAUAAAAUCGAAAACAUUCAAAGAGAUAAGUCACCAUACCAGGUAGCUUAUGUCAAGACCAAAAUGAGCAGUACAGAUUACGGUUUUCGAACCAGAAUGUACAUAAGAACUGCGUGGGAUCCCUCUAAAGGUACUCUGCCUGGUGCAUGGCGCACUCCUGUAAUCCCAGCACUUUGGAAGCCAAGGGGGCAGGAUCACUUGAGGCCAGGAGAUGGAAACUACCCUGGGCUAUGUAGAGAGACCCCAUCUCUAAAAAGAAAGAUUUAAAAAUUAACCAGGCAUGGUGGCUUGCACCUGUAUUCACAGCCACUUGGGAGGCUGAGGCUGGAGGAGUGCUUGAGCCCAGGAGUUCAAGGCUGCAGUGAGCCAAGAUCGUGCCACUGCACUCCAGGCCUGGGUGACAGAGUGAGACCCUGUCUCUAAAUAAAUCCAUAAAUAAAACAUAAAAAUAACAGGCAUCAGCCAGACCUACUGAAUUAGAAUCUUGGGGGUGCAAGGGACGGCAACAAGGAGGUUGUCCUUUUUUUUUUUGAGACAGACUCUCACUCUGUCACCAGGCUGGAGUACCAUGGUGUGAUCUUGGCUCACUGCUACCUCCACCUCCCAGCCUCCCAGUAGCUGGAACUACAGGCACGCACCAUCACGCCCAGCUAAUUUUUGUAUUUUUAGUAGAGACGGGGUUUCACCACAUUGGCCAGGAUGGUCUCAAUCUCCUGACCUUGUGAUCUGCCUGCCUUGGCCUCCCAAGGAUUACAGGCGUGAGCCACCACACCCUGUCGAGGCUGUCAUUUUUAACCAGCUCUGGAUGACGGAUGCAGCCAUCCUGGACCUGGGCUGUGGUCUGGUAACUGGGGACCCAGUAACAUAGUCAAGUGCCAUGGGGAGUCAUGGGAAAGGGGGAUCCCUGAGGUCUGAGGUGGACUAAGAAGGCUUUCUGAAGAACCUGGGUCUGUAAGGGCAUCAAAGCCAAUCAAGGUACAAGUCAGUAGGAGCAAAAUGAGGUUUUGAUUGUGAGCCAUUGGUCCUGGAAAAGAAAGAAACCAAAGAUUAUGGGGACUCAAUGGGCUUCUUAAGAGAGAAUAAGUUGAAAUCAAUGACUGGAAGACCCCAAUGGAAGUUGGAAGAGAAACGUCUCAGGCAAACUUUUUAUGUGCCAGUAACAGAAACCCUCUUCAUGUGAUCACAUGCCAAGUAUAGGAUAUUUGCAAUGUAGACGUGGGGAGGAGCGCAGGGCCCAAGGGUAGGAUUUAGCCAGGCCUCCCAGGAGCAGAACUCGGAACCGAAAAGCCCGGAGAAGCUCAAGCUGCCCCUCUGACACUCUGACAUCCACACCGUCUGUGUUCUCUAGCCCCGCUGCAUGGUAGCCGUAUUCUCUCUGUGGACUAACUGUCCUUUUCAGUGAACAUGUCCACACAACAGCUCCUCGGUUCGUUUCAUUUCAACCCUCACAACCCACAGAGCCUGUGUCCCCCAGCCAGAAUUUUAAAUUCUUGGAAAAAUAAAUAACCGGCCAAACUUGGAGCAGGUGUCCAUCCCAGCCCUGUGUAGUUAGAGCAGGGGAUGAGAUCCCACUGCACAAACAUGGCUGCCAAGCACUCAUCCCAUGGCAAGGGUCAAGGUGUUCUCAGAGAAAGAGGAAUAAGUUGGUUCUCUGAAGACACCACAAGAUACGUGUGUUUUCAACAGUCUCUGAUCUCUGCUGAUCUUUCGCUUAGAAAUUAACUUGAUGCAUCAUUGGAAAGGUGUUUCUCUCAUCUCCGUCCUAAGGCUUAAUAAAGUCAUAAAAUUGUGUUCUUUUGACCAAAGAAA